ACGACUCUGCACGGAGAUAACGGCUUCGUUUCCCCCCUCUCCAGUCAGACAAGCGAGAACAAAUCCAAUCACAUUUUCGGUCCAGAGGGUCGUCUAACUGCAAAGACCGAAACGUGGGGGGGAACAAGGGAUUUGAUCCGCAAGUUUUUUCUUUUGCUUUUUUUCCUCCCUUUUUCACGAAAGAGGAUUCUGUUGGCGGCGGUUUUCAUCACACUCUGGUCGCAAAGAUGAUGGUCGGGGAGAUCGAAGUGAAGGAGCGACCGAGGCCGAGUCCCGAAUAUUUGAUGCAAUUACUGAACGAAAAGAAGCUCAUGACCAGUUUGCCAAAUCUCUGCGGUAUCUUCACACAUCUGGAGAGGCUUCUCGACGAAGAGAUCAACAGAGUUCGUAAGGACAUGUACAAUGACACGGUGAAUGGCCUGGUGGACAAACACCCCUUGGAGCUGCCUGAGCCUGUGGGACCCAUCAUCCUCCUGCAGGAAAAAAUCUUUGUGCCUGUCAAAGAGUACCCUGAUUAUAAUUUUGUGGGUCGGAUCCUUGGCCCCCGGGGACUCACAGCCAAGCAGCUGGAAGCAGAGACGGGAUGCAAAAUCAUGGUGCGAGGCAAGAGCUCCAUGAGAGACAAAAAGAAGGAAGAGCAAAACAGAGGGAAGCCAAACUGGGAGCAUCUAAAUGAAGACCUCCAUGUUCUGAUCACAGUGGAGGACACGCAGGCCCGAGCUGAGAUCAAGAUGAGAAGGGCAGUGGAGGAGGUCAAGAAGCUGCUGGUGCCCGCUGCGGACGGAGAGGAUAAUUUGAAGAAGAUGCAGCUGAUGGAGCUGGCGAUUCUCAACGGGACGUACAGAGACAACAACAUCAAGACGCCCACCCUUGCGUUUUCUCUUGCAGCGGCGGCAGCAGCCGCUCAGGGCCCUCGUCUCAUAGCGGCCCCCACAGGCCAGGUGUUGCCUCCGCCGGCACUCCGGCCCCCGACACCUGCUGGUGCCCCAAUCAUGAACAUCAUCCGGCCCACUCAGAUGGCCGCCAUGCUGCCCAACGGCACCCCCACCCUGGUGCCCCCUACGCCGGACGGCGGGAUCAUCUACACCACCCCUUACGACUACCCUUACGCCCUGGCACCCACUUCCUUGCUGGAGUACCCCAUCGAGCACAGUGGGGUUCUAGGUAAGAGACCCUGGGGCGGCAUGGGUGCAGCAGGCGCAGCAGCCAACUUUAGCCAGCCCGGACAGGAGGGCAGCUUGUUUUACCCCGGCGCAGGGGUGCUGGAUGCGGCUUCCAUGAGCCUCAGUCAGGACUUGUUGAAAGGUGCAAUGGCUACUAAAGUGAGACGACAUGAUACGCGGGUCCAUCCUUACCAAAGGAUUGUGACCGCUGACAGAGCCGCCACCAGCAACUAACACAUGACCUUCUGACCUCUGAACUCUUCACCCAAUGACGAGCCGCCCCAAGCCUGCCUGCUGAUCAGUUAACUGGUAAUUGCCUUUUGCUAGCCUCUCGGACGCAAGGGAGAGAGAAAGGGAGAAAGAGAGAGCGAGAGGCGCCUGCCCGCAAAAGUUACCCUAACAUGUUUUCAUUAAAAAAAAAAAAAAACAAACAAAAAAACGCAGAACCUUCGAAGAAACGCAACAAAACCCAACAAGUUGUGAUUUUUUUUCCCCUCUCUGUUCGUUGAAUUUAAUUCCCGUUCUUUCUCUUUCUUUUUCUCCAUGACUCAUCUAGGGGGUGGAUGUGUGCAUUCUGUUACUCGUAAAUCUGCACUGAAUUACAAAGCAAUAAAGACUAGACCCCCCCCCCCCACCUGGCCUCCGUUGCCCUGCUCUGAUUGGGUGACCUGACUAAUAUGAAUUCAACUACACUCAAUGGCAACGAAGCCCAGAGCAUUUUGUCUCAGUGAUGAUUUAAUUUUCCCUCUAAUGUUCAUCAUUACUUUUUCAAAUAAAUAAAUAUAUAUAUAUAUAUAUAUAUAUAUAUAUAUAUAUAUAUAUAUAUAUAUAUAUAUAUAAAUAAGAGAGAGCGAGCGCACCCUUCCAUCCUUCCACCCUAGUCCAAUACUUGUUUAUUGGGAGAGAAAAAGAAAGAGAAGGAAAGAGAAAGUAUACUCACACCAACUUGUUUAAUUUCUGUCAUGAGUAGUGCUGUUCGUAUUAAGCUCUGAGACAUAAUUAUUUGCUGACACAUUCUGGGUGUGCCCCUCAAAAUGGCUGUCUGUCUAUUUUUCUUUAAAAAAAAAAAAAAAAAAAAAGCAUGGCUGAAUUUAUGGCAAAUUGAGCUUUUUUAUGAUUUCUGUAUUUUUGUUUCCUUUUUUUUCUCCUCCAUUUUAUUUUUACUGUGAGUCAUUCACUCCACCUGAUUUUGGUUUGCUCUGUCGUUCACACUAAAGUUUUUAAGGGCUAGUCAAAAAAGGCAGGUGGUUAUAUCUGCGGGGAUGGGGGUGGGGGGGGGGUUAGCUGAAACUAGAGUGAGCUUAAGGCCAGGAGGGGAAGGGUGAGGAGUCUGUGUGCUUAUUAAUACUAUGAUGAAACCGGAUGUGUUGCUGUUGAGGGGAUAUGGAACAGUGCAUUUAACCUGCUAGAUGCUGACCAUUACUAUGCCCCCAUCCACACAACAUCCAUUACACAGUGCCUGGUGUAUUUAGAAAAAGGAAAUAUCUCAAUGAAUUUAUGAGCUGUGAUGUAAAAGACAAAAAAAAAGUAUUAUGUGUGCAUAUUUAGCCAAAGGGUUUUCCAAUGAAUUAUUUCUCAUAAUUAUGUAUCUUGCGGAGGGCUCUCAUCAUGAAUUGUAGUUUUUGGAAAGGUGUGAAGUUGUGGUGCCUGCAUUUAGCUGGAAUUGACAGCGAGUUUGACUUUUUUUCAUCUCCAUUUUCCCAAAGAGACAAAUACCGACAAUUAACACUAAGUCAGGAUGCUAUGUUACAGUAAAGUACUGGGGGGCGGGGGGGCUCUGAAGAUUUGUAUAUACAGAUUUUGUUUUGUUUCUGUUAAUGUUGUAUUCUGCCUUCUAUUUUGAGUUGUUACAUUCACAACCACCUUGCCAAAAUAACCAUUUGGUUGUUUUGUUUUUUUUCCUCUCUCUCAUAUUGCUUCUCAACAUUUGCUUUUAUUUCUAUGUUAUCAGGACGUCGGUUUGGCAUGAUAGGAGCCAUCCUGAAAAUAAGAAAAUGAGUUUGCAUUUCAAUUGUUAUAGGGAAAAAAAAUGCAGUUUCUCUUUAAACUGUUGACAAACCAACUAAAAGCAAGCGCAUCCACAAUGUGUCAUACCUCCCCGUGAUGAUAGUCCAGCUCCUGAGCCCAUUGUGUUUCUUUAACUCUUUCUCAAGAAAAACUAGGAUGUGAAAGCCAUGCCUGCCUGUUCAAAUUGCUUUAUACAUACCUGUUCUAUAAAUACAUAUAUAAAUAUAUAAAAAUGUAGAUAACUGUCAUUGCAUAUACAAAUACAGAAGAGAACAAAAUUAGAUAAUUUUACAGGGUGCUGGAGAAGAGAAGAAAAUCUAUUUUUGGCAAUUUUAGCUUUUUAUACUUAACUUGAAGUUACAAAAUAUAGAAGAAAAAAAAGGAAACGGGGGAGUAGGAAGGGUGGGGUUAGGUGGGGUGAGGAAGACUAAUGUGUUAACUGGGAUAUUAUUGGCUAGGAAAACGAAGACCAAAUGAGUCAUACCCCCCCAGGAAAAGUUGUGCGAGGGUGGGAUUUUAGAGAACGGAGGGAGACUGAUGCAGGGAGAGGUUUUAAAAGGAUAAAAUCAAAAGUGCCUUAUUGACAGUCGUUUGUUUUGUUUGUUUUUUUCCCCCCGACUCGUGCGAUUAUUUUUCCUAUAAUAUCCAGCACCGACCAGGAUGGCGCAGAGAGGAAUGGUUAGUACGCCGUGCUCUGAACAGAUGAGCAGGGUGGCUCCUCCCGUGUCGGGGAGCUAUCACAGUUAUUCUAUGCAAAAAGAAUAGCAGUCGUUUUUUGACCAGCUAAACAUGUGCCAUGGUUUUGUCUUCCUGAAUUUAGUCCCCACCAUCCUCCCUCUUUUUGUUCCCUCGUUGGCCCUUUACUCUGCCAUAUGAGCAAGUUUGGUUCUCUUUUACAUUUGAUUUGAAUGACUUUGGGUUAUCGUCUGGAUUUUUAUUUUUAUUUUUUAUGUGUGUGUGACUGUGACAUACUCUUCCAAGAACAAAUUGAACUGCCAUUUGCAAUGCAGUAUUCUGCCGGGGCAUGUUUUUAUCAUGAGCUGAGAGAAAUACAUAGAAUUUGAAGAAAUGGAUCAUGAAUGGGGUCGGCCGCCGUUGGCACAACGCCCGUUUGUUUCAACAGCUGCAAACUGAAAGCCGACAUCUCCCCCCUCUCACUGGUACAGAAGAGUCUGCUAUUGGUGUCAUAAGAUUUAGUCUAUCAUUGGCAGGCGAGCUGCUGGAUAUUGAAUUAAGCCCCAUGUAACGCCAUUUCAUAGCCAAACAGUUUUCAGUUUUUGAAACAACCAAGAGUUAAUCUUCGAGUAAAAUGACAUCAGGACUAAAAUGCAUACAUUUUUAGAUCUUGAUAUCAACUUCGGUGGUUUGUUCUUCUACUCAUAUUUCCUCCGUCAUGCUGUUACAGCGAAAGGUCAAUUGAUUUGUUUCUCAGUGUUAUUGUUAAGAACUCUUAGCGUAAAAUGAAAUGCAAUAUUAAAGUGGAGCGAGAGAUGACAAUUCAGCAUUUGACAGUAUUAAGAAAACUCCCUCUGCAAUGUUAAUAAACCUUGCUGUGUCAUUGUAAAAGGCUGGAUAAGUCCAUCAGGUCAAUGGUGAACUCUAUACUUAGCGUAUUCUCUCUGGCCUGCCUACUACAUGUAUGAUAAUGUAAUUAACAGCCAUUCUUACAGGUUUAUAAUGUAUUUUUCUAAUGUCAUUUUAUAUGUAUAUUCUAAAUCAUUUUUCUGACUUUUUUUUUGAUGAAACCCACUGCAAGAUUUUUUAACCCCCCUUCUACACCCCUGUCUUACAUCUUGAAAACUGUCUCUCUUGUGGGGAGUGUUGCCUUUCCUAGUUAUAUUUUGUUUUGUUUUCUUGCCAAUUCCUAGCUUGUUUAACUCAUUAGCGACUUUAUUAGUUUUUCUUGUCAUAAGUAUUUUUACAUGCUUGCAUUUAGUUUUCAUGGUGUAUGCUGUUAUUUUUUCUUAUUAACCUCUUGCCAUUUAUUUUAAUAAAACAUUCUUAGUAAGAA